CGUGCACCGACCUUCCAGAGCGGUGUUGGCGCUACUGCUUCACCUCCCUGGUUCAAGCUACAUCGACAUAGGUCUGUUUGCGUAUGAUAUUGGAGUCUAUUCCAUUUCUACGAUCUUUUGACUCCGCACCAACGUCCUGUCGAUUGUAGAGCUCGGUCGCUGUCCUUGAACUCUUCCACAACCCCUUCCUUACAGCGCAGUAAUGGCGGCCAACAAAGCGUCCCGCGUAGGCGAGGAAAUCUGGAAAACUCGAAUCGACAAGGUCAACGCUGAGCUCGUCACUUUGACUUACGGAACUAUCGUCGCACAACUAUGCAAGGACUACGAGAGCGACUAUGCCGAAGUGAACAAGCAACUCGACAAGAUGGGUUACAACAUUGGUCUGCGACUUAUUGAAGACUAUCUCGCCAAAUCCAACACCAUGAAGCGAUGCGCCAACUUCCGCGAGACGGCAGAGAUGAUCUCCAGGGUUGGGUUCAAGAUAUUCCUCAACAUUACUCCCCAAGUGAUGAAUUGGACAAGUGAAAAUGACCAGUUCUCGCUGGUAUUUGAAGAGAACCCCUUGGCCGACUUUGUCGAGCUCCCUGACGAUGGUCGAGCGCAAGAUCAACUUUGGUACUCCAACAUUCUGUGUGGAGUGCUACGAGGUGCUCUGGAAAUGGUGCAAAUGCAAGUUGAAGCUCACUUCGUCAGUGACGUGUUGCGGGGCAACGACAGCACAGAGAUGAGGGUAUCGCUAAUCCGAUACAUCGACGAUGAACUGCCCCCUGAGGAUGACUAAGAGACGUAAGAGGGGAGUUAUGAAUGUGAUUAUGUGAUGACGAUUUAACAAUUGCAGGACACAGAUGGAUGGAUGGCUAUGAGAAAUUCUAGAUAUCCAGGGGGAGAUGCCCCCAAAUGAUCGUCGACGGCAUAGACGGCGAGAUUGUGCCGAUCAGGACGAUUGGCAUGGAAGCAAACUUUCUUACAGAACAAACUUCGUUUAGCAAUCUUGAGAGAGUGGCUUGGGAUCAUAGCACGUGUAGAUACCCAUGGAAGACAGCUGUCAGCCACGUGCUAGGCUGGAAAUGCCGGUUAAUUGAGCUCACGCCAUAGUGAUAGAGCCAGAAUAUUAAGAUGAAACAUUUUGCAUUCGUUUCUGGGUAAUGAAAGUUUAAGUUGGUAUAUUGCGAG